UCCUCGCGGAGGCCCCGCACUCCCACCCCGUGCCGGGUCCCCGCCAGGCCUAGCGCGAGCCGCGCGGCGCGGGUGAUGGGGUCGCUCUGAGGGACGCCCGGCGCCGAGCGGGCAUGGAGGUGCUGUCCCGGGCUUAGGCCCCGCCGCGGACCCGGGACGCCGGCCGGGACCCGAGGCACCGCCGCCGCCGCGGCCUGGAGCGGAAGCCUGGGCCCCAGCGCCCGAGUCGCCGCCUGCAGCCCCCGCGGGCCGCGUCGUCAGCCCCCAUCAUGCCUUGGCCGUUUUCCGAGUCCAUCAAGAAGAGAGCCUGUCGGUACCUUCUGCAGAGGUACCUGGGCCACUUCCUGCAGGAGAAGCUGAGCCUGGAGCAGCUCAGCCUGGACCUGUACCAGGGCACCGGGUCCCUCGCCCAAGUCCCCUUGGACAAAUGGUGUCUCAAUGAGAUCCUGGAGUCAGCAGAUGCGCCUUUAGAAGUCACUGAAGGAUUCAUACAGUCAAUUUCUCUAUCAGUUCCGUGGGGCUCCUUGCUGCAGGAGAAUUGUGCACUGGAAGUGAAAGGGCUAGAAAUGGUCUUCCGGCCUAGACCCCGCCUAGCAACUGGUUCUGAGCCUAUGUAUUGGUCAAGUUUCAUGACCAGCAGUAUGCAAUUGGCAAAAGAAUGUCUUAGCCAGAAAUUAACAGAUGAACAAGGAGAAGCAUCACAGCCCUUUGAAGGACUUGAAAAGUUUGCUGAAACCAUUGAAACAGUACUAAGAAGAGUGAAAGUCACGUUUAUAGACACUGUCUUGAGAAUUGAACAUGUGCCAGAAAAUUCCAAAACUGGAACUGCACUUGAAAUUCGAAUAGAAAGAACUGUCUACUGUGAUGAAGCUGCUGAUGAGGCCUCAGGAAUUAACGUGCAUCAGCCCACAGCCUUUGCUCACAAGUUACUCCAGCUCUCCGGAGUGUCUCUCUUCUGGGAGGAGUUUUCUGCGUCAGCAAAAUCUUCCCCAGUGUGUUCAACUGCACCAGCGGAAACUGAGCCAAAGCUAUCACCUAGCUGGAAUCCCAAAAUUGUAUAUGAGCCGCACCCACAAUUAACUAGAAGUUUACCAGAGGUAGCGCCCUCUGACCCAGUGCAGAUUGGAGGGCUAAUUGGUAGGCUGGAGUUGAGUCUCACGCUGAAACAGAAUGAAGUGCUUCCUGGAGCUAAGUUGGAUAUUGAUGGACAGAUAGACUCUAUUCAUCUCUUCCUGUCACCAAGGCAGGUGCACUUGCUCUUGGAUAUGUUAGCAGCUAUUGCUGGACCAGAAAAUUCUAGCAAAAUAGGGUUAGCUAAUAAAGAUAGAAAAAACCGACCCAUGCAGCAAGAAGACGAAUAUCGAAUUCAGAUGGAAUUAAACCGGUAUUAUUUGAGAAAAGAUUCCCUCUCAGCAGGUGUAUCUUCAGAGCAAAGCUUUUAUGAGACAGAAUCCGCUCGUACACCUUCUAGCCGUGAAGAAGAAGUUUUCUUCUCCAUGGCCGAUAUGGACAUGUCCCAUAGUCUCUCUUCUCUUCCACCGCUGGGAGACCCUCCAAAUAUGGACCUUGAGUUAUCAUUAACUAGUACCUACACAAAUACUCCAGCAGGAUCUCCAUUAAGUGCUACUGUGCUUCAGCCAACAUGGGGAGAUUUCCUUGAACCUCAUAAAGAACAGCCAGUAAGAGGGUCCACAUUGCCGUCCAACCUAGUUCACCCACCAAAUUUACAGAAGACUUCUCUCCCAUCUAGAUCUGUUUCAGUGGAUGAAUCCAGGCCUGAACUUAUUUUUAGACUAGCUGUGGGAACCUUUUCCAUUUCUGUGCUUCACAUCGAUCCUUUAUCACCACCUGAAACGUCAUUGAACCUUAAUCCAUUGACGCCUUUGGCAAUAGCUUUCUUUACCUGUAUAGAAAAGAUUGACCCAGCAAGAUUUUCAACAGAUGAUUUUAAGUCUUUCCGGACAGUAUUUGCAGAAGCUUGCAAACACGAUCACCUUAGAUUUAUAGGAACUGGCAUCAAAGUGUCCUAUGAACAAAGACAAAGACCAGCUUCCCGAUAUUUUAGUACUGAUAUGUCCCUUGGGCAAAUGGAACUCUUGGAGUGCCUGUUUCCAACUGAUUCUCAUUCUGUUCCUCCUCACUACACAGAGCUUUUAAUGUUCCAUUCCAAAGAACGAACGGAUUCCCAUCCCCCUGUGUGCCUUCAGCUUCAUUAUAAGCAUUCUGAGAAUAAAGGACCCCAGGGUAAUCAAGCAAGACUAAGUUCUGUUCCUCAGAAAGCAGAAUUACAGAUUAAGUUAAAUCCUGUGUUUUGUGAGCUGGAUAUCAGUAUUGUGGACAGGUUAAAUUCCUUGCUCCAACCACAGAAGCUUACCACAGUAGAGAUGAUGGCUUCGCACAUGUAUACUUCAUACAAUAAACAUAUUAGUCUCCACAAGGCUUUUACUGAAGUAUUUCUGGAUGAUUCACAUAAUCCUGCAAAUUGUCGGAUAUCAGUGCAAGUUGCCACACCGGCGUUAAACCUUUCCGUUCGCUUCCCAAUACCUGAUCUUCGGUCAGAUCAAGAAAGAGGGCCGUGGUUUAAGAAGUCACUUCAGAAGGAGAUCCUUCAUUUAGCAUUCACAGAUCUAGAAUUUAAGACUGAAUUUAUAGGAGGAUCAACCCCGGAACAAAUUAAAUUGGAACUUACCUUUAGAGAACUAGUUGGGUCAUUCCAGGAAGAUAAAGGAGAACCGUCUGUUAAGUUUUUCCAUGUGUCUAGUGGAGUAGAUGGAGAUACAGCAUCAUCAGAUGACUUUGACUGGCCACGAAUUGUACUGAAAUUAAACCCACCAGCUGUGCAUUCCAUUUUGGAGAGAAUAGCAGCUGAGGAAGAAGAGAGUGACGGCCGCUAUCAGGAGGAGGAGGAGGGAGGUGCUCAUUCCCUGAAGGAUGUUUGUGAUCUGCGAAGACCAGCCCCAUCUCCCUUCUCGUCGCGGAGAGUCAUGUUUGAAAAUGAGCAGAUGGUGAUGCCAGGAGACCCUGUGGAAAUGACAGAAUUUCAGGAUAAAGCAAUCAGCAAUUCUCACUACGUGCUGGAACUUACAUUACCCAAUGUUCAUAUAACACUACCUAAUAAACGCUUUUAUGAGAAGCUUUAUAAUAGGAUCUUUAAUGACUUGCUGCUGUGGGAACCAACAGCUCCUUCACCAGUGGAGACAUUUGAAAAUAUUUCCUAUGGUAUUGGUCUUUCUGUAGCCAGUCAGCUGAUUAACACCUUCAACAAAGAUAGUUUUAGUCCAUUUAAAUCCACAGUGCACUACGAUGAGGAGAGUGGAUCUGAGGAGGAGACGCUGCAGUAUUUUUCUACUGUCGAUCCCAACUAUCGUUCCCGUAGGAAAAAAAAACUAGAUUCUCAGAACAAGAACUCACAGAGUUUUCUCUCAGUUCUUCUGAGUAUUAACCAUGGACUAAUGGCAGUGUUUACAGAUGUUAGGCAAGAUAAUGGAGAGCUGUUGGAAAAUAAGCAUGGCGAGUUCUGGUUAGAGUUCAACAGUGGUUUGUUGUUUUGUGUGACCAAGUAUGAAGGCUGUGAUGACAAACACUACAUCUGCCUUCAUUCCAGCAGUCUUAGUCUCUACCACAAAGGUGUGGUAGAUGGAGUGAUUCUCCCUACAGAAACACGACUGCCCAGUUCAACCCGCCCACACUGGUUGGAACCUACUAUUUAUUCCUCUGAGGAAGAUGGCCUCAGUAGAGCUUCUACAGAUGGCGUUGCAGGAGACACUUUGAAUAUGCUUUCUGUUGCAGUUAAAAUACUAUCUGAUAAGUCAGAGUCCAAUACAAAGGAAUUUCUCAUUGCUGUGGGGCUGAAAGGAGCCACACUGCAGCACAGAAUGCUUCCUUCUGGGCUUAGCUGGCAUGAGCAGAUUUUAUACUUCUUGAACAUUGCUGAUGAACCUGUUCUGGGAUAUAAUCCUCCAACUUCGUUUACAACUUUCCAUGUGCAUCUCUGGAGCUGUGCCCUUGAUUAUAGACCUCUUCACUUGCCGAUCCGAUCUCUUCUCACUGUGGAAACCUUCAGCGUUUCGAGUAGUGUUGCCUUGGACAAAUCCUCGUCUACUCUCAGAAUAAUCUUGGAUGAAGCUGCUUUGCAUUUGUCUGACAAGUGUAAUACUGUUACUAUAAAUUUGAAUAGAGAUUAUGUUCGUGUGAUGGAUAUGGGGCUUUUGGAAUUAACCAUAACUGCAGUGAAAUCUGAUUCCGAUGGAGAACAAACUGAGCCACGCUUCGAGCUACACUGUUCCAGUGACAUUGUGCAUAUCAGAACGUGCUCGGACUCUUGUGCUGCACUCAUGAAUCUCAUUCAGUACAUUGCAAGCUACGGGGACUUACAUGCAGCCAACAAGGUGGAGAUGAAGCCUGGAGCCCCUCAGAGAAAGAUGAAGGUAGAUUCCAGCGGCCGCUCUUCUUCACGAGGUCCAGUACUUCCUGAAGCAGACCAGCAGAUGUUACGCGAUUUGAUGAGUGACGCCAUGGAGGAGGUAGACCUGCAGCAGACCGCCGCAUCUGCGCAAGCUCAGGCGAACGGUGUUUUGGAUGAAAAAUCUCAAACUCAGGAGCCAUGUUGUUCAGACCUCUUCCUGUUUCCAGAUGAGAGUGGAAAUGUGUCCCAGGAGCCUGGCCCUCCUUACGCCUCAUUCACACACCACUUGGUUAGUGAUGCCAUGGCACGUGUGCCCACGGAGAAUGACGACUUUUGCAUUAUUUUUGCACCAAGAGCAAACGUUCAGGAGAAGGAGGAAGAGCCAGUUGUAAAAGUGAUGGUCGAUGAUGCAAUUGUAAUAAGAGAGAAUUACUUUAGUCAGCCCGCUAAGAAGACAGACACGAGCAAAGCCCCAUUGCACUUUCCCAUCCCUGUCGUCCGCUAUGUUGUUAAAGAAGUCUCUCUUGUUUGGCAUCUUUAUGGAGGAAAGGAUUUUGGAACAGUCCCUCCUACUUCUCCAGCUAAAAGUUACAUCAGUCCCCACAGUUCACCUUCUCACACUCCCACAAGGCAUGGACGUAACAUGGUAUGUGGGGGAAAAGGAAGAAACCAUGACUUUUUAAUGGAAAUACAGUUAAGUAAGGUGAAGUUUCAGCACGAGGUCUACCCGCCUUGCAAGCCAGAGUGUGACUCCGGCCUCCUAGAGCGCCCGGUCUCCCGCCAGGCGUUCAUCGUGCAGGAUCUGGAAAUUCGAGACCGUCUGGCAACGUCACAAAUGAAUAAGUUCUUGUACCUGUAUUGCAGUAAAGAAAUGCCUCGAAAAGCUCAUUCCAACAUGUUGACGGUGAAAGCAUUGCAUGUGCGCCCGGAGUCCGGCAGGUCACCGCAGGAGUGCUGCUUGCGAGUGUCCCUGAUGCCACUUCGCCUCAAUAUUGACCAGGAUGCCUUGUUCUUCCUGAAGGAUUUCUUCACAAGUCUUUCUACAGAAGUAGAGCUUCUAAUGGCUCCAGAUCCAGAAGUUAAAAAGUCUCCUGGAGCUGAUGUCACGUGCAGUUUGCCAAGGCACCUAAGCACCUCCAAGGAGCCAAAUCUAGUUCUUUCUUUCCCUGGGCCAAAGCAGCCUUCCCAAGAUGAUGGUGCCAACUCAGUGGGAGUGGUUGAUGGGGAGGAAGAGAAGGACUUCUCAGCUGAAGAGGCAUCAUUUAGUGAUCAGCCCGUGUUUUUUAGAGAAUUUAGAUUCACAUCAGAAGUUCCUAUUCGACUUGAUUAUCAUGGCAAACACGUAUCAAUGGAUCAGGGUACCCUGGCCGGAAUUCUGAUUGGUCUGGCCCAGUUAAACUGCUCAGAGCUGAAGCUGAAGCGGCUUUUCUACCGGCAUGGCUUGCUAGGUGUUGACAAAUUGUUUUCGUAUGCAAUCACCGAAUGGCUUACUGACAUUAAGAAGAACCAGCUACCUGGAAUCCUGGGAGGUGUUGGGCCUAUGCAUUCACUAGUACAAUUAGUGCAAGGCCUAAAGGACUUGGUUUGGUUGCCGAUAGAGCAGUACCGGAAGGAUGGCCGCAUCGUCAGAGGCUUCCAGAGAGGGGCUGCCUCCUUUGGCACCUCAACAGCGAUGGCUGCUCUAGAACUCACAAACAGGAUGGUUCAGACUAUACAGGCCGCAGCAGAGACUGCUUAUGACAUGGUGUCUCCUGGGACCCUUUCUAUUGAGCCCAAGAAGAUGAAAAGGUUCCCUCAUCACCGCUUAGCGCACCAGCCCGUGGACCUGCGGGAGGGCGUGGCGAAGGCCUACAGUGUUGUCAAGGAGGGACUCACGGACACGGCUCAGACGAUUUACGAAACCGCAGCUCGAGAACAUGAGAGCAGAGGGGUCACUGGUGCCAUGGGCGAGGUCCUGCGCCAGAUUCCUCCUGCGGUGGUGAAACCUCUGAUUGUUGCCACAGAAGCGACAUCAAAUGUAUUAGGCGGCAUGAGAAACCAAAUUAGACCCGACGUUCGGCAAGACGAGUCACAGAAAUGGCGCCAUGGGGAAGACUGAUACUUCAGACGCGAUUGUUUAUGGAGAUAGUGAGGGUGGAAAUAAGGAGCACCAUGUCCCACUGGCCGCUUUACAGGGUACUCCUUUACUUUGAUUGUGCUCAUCUCAGGAACAAAAGCAUUUCUUAGUUAAAUAAUUUAAUAUCAAAGCAACAUGCAACCAAAAACUUGUGACAUUUAGGGCUGGUUUGGUACUUGCCUAGUUAAAUGUUUGGUGACAGUGUCAAAAGACCUUAAGCGUUUGCUGCCGAGUGAGUGGGUGCUCGCUCUUACGGAAGUGGCUGUGCUCGCUCUUACAGAAGUGGCUGUGGUUUCCUCGCUGUCGGUGAGAGAUCAUGGGCAGCCUCCUGUUACCGUCCACAGUGCUCAGAAGCAUUUGUGCACUUUGAAAGCGCUAUUUAUAUUGCCCUGAGGAGUUGAUUUUCUCAAGGUUUAAAGAGAAUCACAGCUUCGAAACUCAUUGAGAAUGAGAGACAGAAGCUACAGGGAAAGUGAAACAAAUAGGAUUUUAAUAUAAAUAUCACAGAGGAAUAAAUGACCUGGUCUGUUGGAUUUAGUGUCCAUGCGCUUAAGAACAUUAUUUCCAUCCCCUCAGAAGGUCUUUCUGGGGGCUUUUGAGAACAUGCGUGUCGCAGACAUGUCUGCUGUGUUGCACUUUAUCGUGUGUGUGUGUGUGUGUGUGUGUGUGUAGAUUAAUACAAGUCAUGUGAUCUGUUCGUUAUGUAAUUUACAGAUUUUCAUAAAAUAUAAAGAGUAAGACAAUGUUUUUGGCAAAGGAAGCGAACUCAAAUGGAGUAACUUUCAUUUAUUUUAAGUGUAAAUGAAAAUGUGCACUCUCUAAUGAACUGGGGCCCGUAUGAUUGUUUGUGUGCUCACUCUCAAGCAGAUACAGUGCAAGCUUGUGAGGAAUGUGUGGAAGGAGAGAUUGGAAAUGAUUUUUACUUUUCUGAAAUUAACCAAAAAUCCUCCAAACAUGCCCUAGUCAGCUAUUUCGAAGUACCGCUUUUUCUUGGUUAACAAUGUACAUUUUGAUAACCUGUCAGGAAUGAAUAAAGUAUUUUUAUUUAAAUUUAAAAUUGUUUUAUGCUUCCAUGAACAUUCUGCUUUUCUUAGAGCACAUUCCUAGAUGCACACUUGCCUCCAUCCCAAGACACUUGGGAAAACUUCCUCGAAACUAAUUUUGGUUAAUAUCCAGUAAAUCAUUACCUAGGAGUGAGAGGGAAAUUGUGUGCGAGGACUCGCUUUUUGACUUCAGGUGGAUCUAGCAGAAAGAAAGUGUAGGGCUUCGUGUUUAAAACUGUUGAAAGUUGUAUGAUGUGCAUUUUCUGAUGCAGGAAGAAGGCCGCCAUCCGUGUGAAUCUGGAUUUCAGAACCACAUUUCAGGUUGGGGUUUGAAAAAUGAUGUUGAAUCGAUCCCAUUCUCUAGAUUUUCUGAACAAGAAAGCAAUGUAAACUCAACAUCUGGACAUUUAAAAUUUAUGAAAAUUGCAUUAAACAGCAUUUAAUUUUUGUUUCCUUUUUACUGCUAAAAAAACCUUAAAAGGGCUCUGCUCACGGAACCAUCAAUUACUUUGUCCCAGUUAAAUGGAGUCGUGUAGAAUGUGCUCCUGAGUGAACAGUAGCCACACCUGUGUGUCAUGGAGGAGGCUCAGCCUGCUUCUAGGGCACGUUCUGACCGCCCUGCUCGCUGACUUCCAUGCGUCCUGAAAACAGAACAUACCAUGUCUGUCAUUUGUGGUGAUUAACCAAACUGCAAAGCCCUUGACCAAACGUAAAAAUAUAAAAUCUCUUUAAUUUUAAAAUACAUCUUCCAUAGUUACCCUAUUUAAAUUUAGUUAGAUACAGUCUAGGGAGAAAGAAUCAUCCUCUUCUUUGUACUCUUGAGUUGCAGAUAGACCCAUCUUUUGACAAAUUUGGUUUAUAAGUCCUGUUGUAACAUUUAUCUUCAUAAUGUCAUCUCCGUGGUUCUUUGUCUGUCCUCCACUCCUGCACCUGCUAGCCACAGAAUCUGGGUUUGGGAACCAGAAACCUGCCUCAGAAAAGUCCAGGUCAAGGCUCUGUUCAUGGCCCGUUUAACCAAGAUGCUCUUUAUUUGAGAUGUUUAGGUAGACUGUUUGAAAGCUUCUGCAUUAUUAAGUAUCCUUAUUUUUUUCUUUCUUACAAAUACCUUUUCCAGCCUUUAUGUCACAGUGACACAGUAAGAAAGAAGAGCAUUGGGCAGGACCCUUAGGUGGCCAAGUCUGCCCUCACUCGGCAGGUGACAUGGUCAAGGCAUUGGAUUUCUCUAAGCCUCAGCGUCUGUAAACCAAGGGGUUUUAUAUGACCAAUUGCAACAGAUUUUGGAUGAUCAGGCCGUGUGUGUGUGUGUGUGUGUGUGUGUGUGUGUGUGUGUGUGUGUGUAUAGAAGGUCUGGGAUGUAGUGCUUGGUAGACUGUCCCAGACCUGUGACUCCCCAGGCUGGGGGUGCUAGAGGAGAGCACGGAGGUCACACUGCACACAGUAGCCACAGGCUCCCUCAGGUCUUGGAUCUCUCAGAAUACUGCGUUUCUGAGUGGCCACGGUGCCUGUGGGGUUGACUCUUGAUGUGUUACUCUGUGUGGAGUAGACAGCGUGUGCACAUGUAGCUGCAUGGAAGCCAUCUAGGUGUUUCCCCGGUGAGGCCGGGUGAGUGAGCCUGGCCAAGAUCCGCCAGCGAGUUUUAGGAUAGCACAGUGUCACAGAAGCGUGUGAAGGCCACUUUCUAAAGGCCGGGAAGGCCGUGGGCCAUGGCAAUACUUCCUCUUGAAUGGGGCUGAUGCGCACCUCCGGUUUCCCUUCCUGUGUGUCCCCAGAUUGCUAUUAUUUACAAGUAGACCAUUCCCUUUCAAUAUUUGCCUUUUAGGAUAGAUGUAACACAGUAUUUCUUAUAGACAUAGCAAUAAACUUUCAUUUUUGUGGAGUUCAGGUCCAAUUUGGAUUUCCACUUUAAGCACAUAUAUGUCACAUCAAUAUUUUUAUAAUGCAAGACUCACUUUAGGGAAUCUUUCCAAGUCGCAGUGUGCCUAGAAUAGCAGAAAUACUAAAAACUUGUGUUUCCUGCCUCCUGCUGUGUGUCACUCUUAAAUGGUACUAAAAUAUUUCCAGGAGAAAUGUUUAGUUUCUAAUCCCCUCCUUUAAAAACAGUGAUCUGUAGGUUUGGUGCCUUUGCUCAGUCUCAAAAUAGUCUAGACAGUUUUGUCUGCUCCCCUGCUGGGGCUGCUGGUCCAGGGUGUCCUGCCUCCCGCCAGUGUGUUUGGGCUGGAUUCUAGGCACUGUGUUUUCUCCCCAGAGCAGACGGACAGCGGGCAGUGUUGACUUUCAGCAGUUUUAAAUGAGAACCCUUCACUACAUGGUUUCAGGGUUAACAACUGCUGGAACAUUAAAUUCUGUAGAUGAGAAAAACCUCAUGACUUAAGAGACCUCACUGGCCUAUGCUUCCAUUUUCUUACUCCCGCACUGAUAAAAUUCUUCAGAAUUACGGGGAGGAGUGUGUCAGGGCUAGUGUUCACGGUGAGCAGUUACCCCGUUUCCCCUCACAUCCUCUGAACCUACUUAAAGGGCCAACGUCUAUAAAGUUCUUUGAGCUUGAAAGUAAGGGACUGUCAAAAACAGAGUGAUACUCCUGUAUCUGUAGCUGCACCCAUUGGACAUACCCGCUGGUAUCAAAUAGAAUAAAUCAAAUAGAAAACAGUGAGUCUUAGGUUUAACUAGGAAGAUUAUCUGUAUAGUGUAUAGUUAACGUAGGGGAAAAAAUCUUUAAUCAAACAAUCUUAUUUCUGUUUAUCGGAAGGUAGAGUCAGUCUUGCCAUAGAAGCCCAGGUGAGUGCUUUAGUGCCAACUUAUUUUUAUUUCCGUAUCUUCAGGACCAUGUAGGCACACCACCCCCUUUGGUAGACCUUGUAAGCACAGCUGCCGCGGGUCCAUUGAUGUGUGAGUGUUUUCCUUAGAUCCUGUUACUGUACGUGAGACACACAAAAGGUACUCUAACACCAUCCUCGUGGGCUGCUUUGGGGUGAGAAAUUGGGAGUUUCAACUGCUCACGCUGAGAGGUCCACAGUGGUCAGAAGCAUCCGUGUCAGGGAUUUUUGGCUCCCGUCCCAACCGUGGGCACCGUGGUUUGAGCAUGUGGCCUCGUGGUAGGGGCCAGGGUGCGGGCUGCUGUGCAUCAUAGGGUGGUGGAGGUGGCAGCGGGGGGCUCGUGACCCUUCCGGUGCCAUGGGCUGUGGACUUAGCAGCCUCUUGUUUAAGAAGUGUGUCUGCUUUGCUGUUUCACUUGUGUUCUGUAUGUACGAAAUGGCAGCUUCCAAUUUCUGGUUGGAUUUGUCCUGUGUCGUUUCCAUAAGCCACUGGUCCACUGUGGAAUCGGUGGGGGGAGAGAGGGGUGGCGGCAGGGCGAUUGCCAAGUUCAGCCCCUCUUCAAAUCCAGCCUGACUUACCUUAGAGAUCAAACCUAAUCUCACACAACGCUGUAUACUUGUUGCUAAGUUUCCUCAUUUCCCUACUUAAUUUUGGAUGUGAGUACUUUAAGAAUGCUGCUGCUGUAUGAGUCUUUUUGUGGAAAUGUAACAUGUCUGUGUGACUAUGGAAAAUAUUAUGAAAUAAGAGUACUCU